AGAAAACGACAAAGACAUUUGUGCUGACUGAGGAGAAUGUCCAACGAACCCGGGCUCUGAUCAUAGGAGAGCCCCUGGACGGGUGGGCACGAUGGUAGAAGAGACGAACGGGUCAGCACCGACCGCCGGAGUAAUCGAAGAAGUCGCGGAUCUCAUCCCGUUAGAUCAAUUUAUCUCCUUGGGAUAUCCAGGCCUCAGAAUGAUAGGGGCGAUCCUGCCGGCGGAUGAUGCGCGACAGAUCUCGGAAAGGCGAUCAUCCCCCAGUGAGAUGGAAUCCGGUGGCCCCGAGUUCGUCACCGGAAAGAUCGAUGUUUUAGACAUUGUCCGAGCCUUAGACCACCGCAUCCCGCUUCCGAUUGGACACCUGUUGUCCAUAUCGGAACAAGCUAACGACCGAAUGCUCCAACAUUGCAGGGCCAAUCGAAAGCGAUUUGCACUUGCUAAGCUGGCAUCAGCCAAAGGAAUGAUUGGGCGAUGGGCGGUGAGGCUGCAAGAGUAUGAUUACGACAUCGUUCAUCGGAAAACUGAGAGGCACCGGAACGUCGACGGUUUGACGCGUCUGCACAGGCCAGGCAAGGUGCCGCGUGGCGAGAAGAUCACUCCGUGGAAGGAUCCGGAGCAGCCCAAGGGACCCGGAACCGAUAAAAUUCCGACGGAGGUUCGAUUCCUGGAAGCAACGUCGGAAGUCGAUAUCGAUCUGACGCGGACCGGGGACAGCGAGCAUCGAGAGGUGAGUGAGAACGUCGAUCUGCUCAUCAUUCAAGCUUGGAAGACUGACACGAAGGGGGAUCUUCAGGGUUUCGUCUUUGGAGUGGUCGAGCCUGGCCAUCGACGGCCGAUCAUGAACGAACUGCUGAUCCUCCUGACCGAGCUGCUGGAUGAUCUGCCGCUCGACAUUAUCUCGCACCGCGACCAGAGUCUAGUUUCGCACAUCCUCUCGCGCAGCUUAGUGUCGUAUCUGCAAUGGUCAGCCUGCUUGGCGGGUGAUUCGGACAACGACGACUACCCGUCGCACAAUGAUUAUCUGAAUCCCCAGGCCAUCACGCACGAACUCUUCAACCUGAGAGAGGGAGAGGAGGGAGAAGAGGUGGAGGAGGAGGAGGAAGAAGACGAGGAAGAAACCUCCGAAGAAGAGGAGAAUUACAACGAGCACAGUAAGCACGAGUCGGGGGCGGUGAGCGAAGAAGAAGAAGAAGAAGAAGAAGAAGAAGAAGAAGAAAAGCAGGGGGUAAGCACGGAGGAAGAGGCGGAUCGGGCGAAAGCCCAGGAGGAGGAUCCCGAGGCCGAGCGGCGAAGAGCGGAGAUCGCGAAGGGAAAGCGGCCAUUAGAGCAAUCAGUGGGAGCAGAUCUGCCUGUUCCGGACGAUCCGACUAGAGAUCCUGAGCCGCCGGUCGAAGAAGAUGAGCACCCUCAUGCAGAGACUUCUGGCGCGGCGACGCGGAGGUAACGAAGCCGUUCCCCUCCCCUUCCCCCCGUCCCUCAGUUCGAGCUCGUGGCAAUGCGGAGCGUCG